AACAAAGAGAAGUAUUAGUGGUGGAAGGCUACCAAAAUACUGAAAAAGUUGGAGGUAAAAGGACAUGAAAUAGUGAGCUGUCUAUGUUGGACUAAAUCUUAAACCAUAAAGUGGUAACUUAAGUAAAUAACUGAAGAAGCAAGCCCUUAAAACUAAAAGCAUAGGAUACCAAACCAUUCUUGAGACUCAGUUUGUUUAUUCAAUACAACGUCAAUCUUCAAUUAUACGUCCUACUGAAAUCUGACUCUUAUCAGACUGAAUCUCCAUUUCAAAAAUGAAUCUCCGACUUUUUCUCUUUUGUUUCAUCAUCAUCAUCUUCACCUAGUAAAAUCCAAUUUACAGCAAAACUUACUUGAGUUUCGCCACCAUGUAUUCCCCUUUCAGAAAAGCUAAAGGGGAACAUGGCAGAAGCAAAUCCAUGUGGAAAAUCUUUGUUUACAGGUCUUCUUCUUCUUCCUCCAACUUUGAUAAAAGAGAUCCUCCAAAGGAACUUCUCUGCCCCAUUUAUGGGUGUUUGAUGUUUGAUCCAGUUGUGGUGUCUUCUGGACAGAGUUUUGAGCGGACUUCUGUUCAAGUUUGUAAGGAUUUGGGGUUUAAACCCCAACUCCAAAACGGGUUAAACCCGGAUUUCUCUAACGUGAUUCCCAAUUUAGCUUUGAGGACGACAAUUCUCAACUGGUGUGAAAAGGCAGGGGCGGAGAAGCCUCAGCAGCCGGAUUAUUACGCCGUCGAGUCUGUUGUUCGUGCUUCCAUGGCUUCGAGUUCUUCUUCUUCGAUCUCAAGAGAAGAUUCUAGAAUACGGGUGUCAGAGAGGGAAUUGCUCAAAGGGGUAGCGGAGAAUCCACCUGUGCACCUCUCUCACGCUGCGUCGGAAAUGAAAUCAAGGAAUAAUCACCACUUCUACUCUUCAUCGAGCUCUGAAGAAUCUGUCAUCGCUAACAACUCACCGCUACUUCCUUUUACUACUCGUCCCUCCUGCUAUUCCUCUUCGUCGUCGCAAUCGACUUCGUCGGAGAUAAUCUCCGAUGAAGUCCCUUCGUCUGGUUCCACAUCAUCGGAAGAUGAUUAUUACGUCGUUCAAUUCAAGAAAUUGGACGUUUAUGAACAGGAACGAGCUGUAAUUUCACUGAGAAAAAGCACCAGAACCGAUGAGGAAGCUAGGGUUUCACUGUGCACACCGCGGCUUUUAUCGGCUCUCAAGCCGCUGCUAGUCUCGAGGUACGCCGGAGUUCAGCCAAACGCCGUCGCCGCAUUGGUCAACCUCUCGCUGGCAGAAGUCAACAAAGUGAAAAUCGUUCGGGCGGGGAUUACCUCUCUGCUAAUUGAUCUUCUUAAAAGCGGCUCCGAGGAGUCCCAAGAGCACGCAGCCGGCGCGAUAUUCAGCUUAGCGCUGGAAGAUGACAACAAGACAGCCAUUGGAGUAUUAGGCGCAUUGCAGCCGCUUUUACACUUACUGAGGUCAGGGACCGAGCGGACUCGUCAUGACUCGGCAUUAGCCCUUUAUCAUUUGACCUUAGUGCAGAGUAACCGAGUCAAGCUCAUCAAACUCGGAGCUGCAAAUACACUUCUGGGAAUGCUCAAAAACAGCGAUAUGGCGGGUAGAGUAGUGCUGGUGGUGUGCAAUUUGGCGGUGUGUCAAGAGGGGAAAUCGGCAUUGCUGGACGCCAAUGCAGUGAAUGUACUGGUGGGGAUACUGAGAAUUUGGAACCAAUUGGAUGAGUCGACUCGGGAGAAUUGCGUGGCGGCUCUGUACUCACUGAGUCAUGGGAGUUUGAGGUUCAAGGGGAUGGCUAAAGAGGCGAAGGCAGCUGAAGUAUUGCAGGUGGUGGUGGAGCGAGGAAGCGAGCGGGCGAGGGAGAAGGCAAAGAAGAUGUUGAUCGCCAUGCGAAGAAGGGUAAAGGAGGAGGAUGACGAUGAAGAAGAAGAGGUAGACUGGGUAGGAAUACUGGAAGGACGAGUGAGUCAAACUCGGUACUGAGUCGGAAGAACUACUCAGAAUCUCAACUCAACCGAGUUCUGUAUUCUGGGUCGAGUAGAAAAAAAGGUGUAAUUAUCAAUUAUUUGGGGUUUGGGACUCUUUAUCAUGUUCGUGGUUAAAAUCUUCUUCUUUUUUA